CAGUGGUGGGAGGAGCCUGUGUGCUGUUAGCUGCUAAACUCAGUGCCUGUUUAAAUCUGAAUUUCACUCUGUUUACCUCCCGCACGUGCACACGGCGACCCGCUCUGUCCGCGCGGCUCCGCUCCGGAACAAUGGUCGUUCUGUCGAACAGCAACGAAGAGCAGGAUUACAUCCUGAUAGAGGAGCGUAAAUGCUCCUCUCUGCCAAGCUCUCCCGCCAAGAGAGUGUCUCCCAGCAAAAAGAAACAUUUUUUUAUCAACCAAGCCAUCCGCAACUCGGAUCUCACUCCUCGAGCCAAAGGGAAGAAGAGCCUCCGCCGCCUGGAGAACACACGCUUUCUUGCAAAUCUUCUUGAGAAGGAUGAUUGCUCCACAGAUGAUCUGGAGGUUUGCAGUAACCCGGCCAUCCCCUCCAUCUUCACCGAGGCCUGCACCAACAGAAACUAUGUAGAGCCAUGGAGCGACUUCAUGAACUGCUCCGGUGAGGAGCAGGAGAGGCUGCUCUCUCUGCUCGAGCAGGAGGAGGCCAAGAAGAAAAAACCCAACCCGCUCCUCAAAGACCAGAGGAAUGUGAAUCCUGCCUUCACUGCUCAGGACAACUUCCAGAGGAUCGACCGCAGGUUGCGAGCCACUCUGAAGCGGAAACAGAUCCCACUGGGAAUUCUUGAAGUACUUGAGGAAGAUCUCCUGAGCUUCUUCAACACUCAACCUCGCUCGGUUUACACAACCAACCUCGCCAGCAGCUUUGAGAGGCUGCUGCUUCACGCUGUCUGCCAGUACAUGGACCUCGUCUCUGCAAGCACUGACCACAACGGAUCGCGUCAGACUGAAGUGGUUAACAAACAAGACGAGUUUCUGCCUCCCGCACUUCUGCUGUCUGCCUACCUGGAGCAGAUGAGCUGAGACCAGGGCCGCGCCCGGUCUCCCCUGCAGGGCUCUGCUGCAGGCGGGAGAUGUAGAUGAGCUGCACAAUGUGUAAAGUCCACAAACAGAGCUGAACGAUACCUGCUUCCUUCUGGAUGGUCUGGUAACUUCUUUCAAUUAAUUUGAUUGACAAACCGAUCCAUAGUUCAUUGAAACCUGCAUAUAUAUAUAUAUAUAUAUAUAUAUAUAUAUAUAUAUAUAU